ACAUCUAUGCUCCAGAAGCAGCACUGAAACAAACAAACAAACACCGGACGACUCCAGAGUUUAUUAAAUGCCUGACAACAACAUCCUCCAGGAUUCAGACGCAGGUCUGUGGCUUUGGCUCGCAGUGGGCGUGGCUCUGUGCAGUCGUGGGCGUGGUCACAGCUGGUGCUAUCUGCAGUGAGAUCAGACUGAUGAAUGCAUAUAACACACGGAUGUGCUGCUGGAUGGAGACGGUCUGUAUCUGACAGAACCUCAAAGCACAGCAUGGUGGGAAGUAAAAAAGCAAACAGGAGGUUAUCCCUGGACAGCUCAGGAUAUCAUCCGGAGAUCAUGGGAAGUGCAGCAAAGUCCAAGAACAGCAUGAGAAGAUCUUCAGACAGCAGAGGCUUCCAGAAUCCAGACGAGACGCGUCUAGAGUUUCUGGAGCACAGCGGCAGCGUCUCACGCAGAUCCACGACUUUAGAGGAGGAGGAGGGCUUGAAUCGGCCCGAUGGAUCCAGCGUACGUAAUAGCUUCAAGAGCCACAACAAAACCUUCCACAAACUCUUCCCUGAUAUCCCCGAGACGGAGGACCUGGAACACGUGCAAAGCUGCGGUCUGCAGAAGGAGGUGAUUUACCACGGUAAGAUGUACCUGUCCAGUCAUCACAUCUGCUUCCACUCGUCUGUGCUGCUGAAGGACACCAAGGUGAUGAUCCACAUGUCCAGCGUUCAGAGCUUAAAGAAGAAACACACAGCUAAGAUCCUUCCCAACGCCAUCGCCGUCAUCACCACAGACAGACGCAAGUAUGUGUUCGUGUCGUUACUGAAUCGAGACGCGUGUUUCAGGCUGCUGCAGUCUCUCUGUACACAGCUGCAGUGUCAGAUGGAGAGCAGCAGCAUGAAGUCCUCGUCUCCGGAUCUGGAGUUCGACACGAUUUCCAGCCUGUCGAGUCUAGAGGAGACUCCUGAGAAUCCCUCGAUUCAUCUCUCAGACGAGAGUCAAGCUCUCCAGCCUGAAGUACGAGGCAGCUCAACGCCUCACGACGAGUCCAGCAGAAAGAUCAGCUCGAGCACAGCGGUCUCCUGGGUUCCCAUGGUAACAGGGAAGGUCAGAUCUGUUCUGUCGUCCAAUGAGACGCAAGGCCUGAACACACUGCUGCUCUUCUACGUGAUCCUUGUGAUUCUUCUUCUGCUGUCGUCUGGUUACAUCGGUUUGAGGAUCAUGGCACUGGAGCAGCAGCUGAGCAUUCUGGGAUCGAUGCAGAAAGAGAACCUGGAAGCGUGAGAACAGCGAGAGUCCUGGAGGAGAAUCAUUCAGACUCUGAAUCAGAGGAAGCUGUCAAGUCAAGACACCUA